UCCCUGCUGGCUAGUGAUUCCAGGGGAGUUUUCGUGUUCUGGUGGCUUCCAUGUGCAGAUAUGUGGCAUGUGUCUGUGCUGUCAGGCUCUUACCAUCAGACCUAGGCAUUUGAAACUCGUGACUGCCUCUUUCUUGAUGUCAGUGCUCUCUUUGUCCCUGACUUCCCACCCAGAGGCUUCUGUCAUGCUUUGGGGGCAUUCCAGGUCUGUCUGUCUGGGUUAGAUAUUCAGCCUGUGCAUCUGCUCUGCAUUUCUGUGCAAUAAAAGGAGCCAGCUUCCAGCUAUGUAGAGAGACAGGAAAGAGGAAGAGAGAGCAACAGAGAAGGAACCAAGUGGAAAGGCUUAGAGCCUGUAGUGUCACUAUGACUCACAGGCUCCCCACAACAUCCUAAAACUAGACUGACCCCAGAAAGAGGCUGAGCACACUCCUCGGAGACUGCUGUGGCUCAGGGAAGGCAGAGCUCAACCUGGACAGCAAAUAUGGUGCACCUGCAAUCCUCACAGUGGUCUAAAGCUCUCUGCAUGUCACUGCUGCUUACUUGCACCUGGCUCUGCUGGGCUGAACAAUGUGCCACAGAGAAAAGAGUAACAAAAGGCAGAGCCCUGACCCGUAUCUCCAAUUGCAAGGAAACAGGUAGGAAUUUCACAUGCCGCUGUGCCUCCCCAGAGGACCAUCUCAGUGGUACAGUGACCACGUGCCUCCUCCCCAUCCUCUACACUCUGGUACUUCUAGUUGGGCUGCCAGCCAAUGCCAUGGCCUUUUGGGUCCUGGCCACCAAGACCAAGAAGUGUGCCUCCACCCUUUUCCUGCUGAACCUGGCAGGUGCUGACCUGCUUUUUGUCCUCCUACUGCCCUUCAAGAUCUCAUACCACCUGCUGGGCAACAAUUGGCUCUUCGGGGAAUAUGCAUGCCGGGCCCUUGUCACCCUCUUCUAUGGAAACAUGUACAGCUCUAUCCUCUUCCUCACCUGCAUCAGCCUGGAUCGGUAUGUCUCACUGGUGCACCCCUUCAUCUGGAGAGGCUCUGAACGAGUAUGUGGCACAGUAGGCAUCUGUAUCGGGGUGUGGCUGGCCAUAGGGCUGGGUAUGAGUCCACUGCUGCUUAUCCGCCAUUCACAGCAUGUCCCGCAGCUGAACAUCACCACCUGCCAUGACUUCUUGGAGAAGUCCACAGAAACCCAGUACCUGGCCUACUACUUUCCUACGCUGGUAGUUCUGGGGUUUGCACUCCCCUUUGUGAUUAUUGUCUUCUCCUAUGGCUGUGUGCUGGCACACCUGCUUGCCACGAGGGGACGUUAUGGUCAUGUGGUGCGAGUUCUGGUUCUCCUGCUACUGGUUUUUGCCCUGUGCUUCACCCCCAGCAAUGUGCUGCUCUUUUCCCACUACCUACAGGGCAUAUCCUUGUCCCGCAACAGCACCUACAUCCAUUAUGUUUUAGCAUUGGCUCUCAGUGCCUUCAACAACUGCUUUGACCCCUUCAUCUACUUCUACAUCUCCCGGGAUUUCCGGACCCAACUCAGGUACAUGGUUUGUUGCCACUGGAGACAGCAAGACAAGGCUUUGGCCAGGGCCUGUGAGAACCUAGUGCUGCCUCUGAGGUCCAGUGAACAGAACCAGCCCUAGGCUGGGGCAGAGGUGGUCCCCUAGAGCCAUCAUAGUUGGUCUUGCUUUGUUCUUCCUUUACCUUUUUGUGUGGAGGACUCAAACAAAUUAGCCCCAGUGGUCAGUCAUGCUUCGUGCAAGGGGUGGGCAGCAUGCAACAAGAGAUGCGGCACAGGAGCCUGUAAGCAGUAACCCCAGUGUGACUCUGAAUCCUCCCUGGCUUUGCCUAUAUAAUCAGUUGCCCCAUCUGGCACACAAUGACUGGACUCCAUGCUGCUUGGGCACAAGUUCCAUGUCACUGCCAGACCACAGACUCUAUGCAGCUGGAUUCUGCCCUUGCCUUACAGUCUCUGUGGUCAGAGCUGGUGUUGCUUCCUGCAUGUUCAGACAUGGAUGUUUGCAGAGUUACUUGGGAACACA